AUGCACUCACUGCACCCCUGCAGCAGCAGCAGCAGCAGCUCUCUGUCAAUCCGGGGCUGUACCGCGCAAACCAAACCUCUUCCUCCUCUGCUGGUGCGCGUCGAUGCGCGAAGUCGAACUAAACGAGCUGCAAAUUUUAAUUUGCAACCGCACCGUCUUACCGUUGCUACUCUGCGAUGCUUCGAGAGUGAGAGUAGCAAAUUCUUGCUUCUGGCUCUACUCGUGGCGCUGGUUCGCGGCGAUGGAAAACAGCAGGAAAAUGUUCUUCAGAAACAACAACAAGCUACCGCGAAGGUCACCGACGGAAACGACGGCGGCAGCGAGAAAUCCUCACUGGUCGGUGCUGACCGAGCGCAGAACAAACGUGGAGCUCCUGUCAUUCCGACAAUCAUUGGAAGCCCUCAGCAUACCUACAUAAAUCAACCGUCGGGAGCAGCUGGACUCGUUGCGACAUCCGUCACCAAUCAUCAGGUCGUUCCGGGGGCGGCCACGGCAACCAUUGCCGCCGUUGGUCCACUGGCGUACGCCACCAACUACGGACAGUCCCACCACGGUCUCGGGCAGCUGGAGCAAAGCACUGGAGCGGCCCAGACCGUGUAUCACAAAAUCAACUAUGUCGCACCGAAUUCCGCUCUCAAAGUUGCCACAUAUGCAGCACCGGUGCACUACGAUUUCGCCGGCACCCCCACCCUGGCCAAGUACAACUACGCGGCCGCCUCGGUUCCCCAGUAUCAGUACGCCCACUAUCCGCAGUAUCAGGUGUACCAACAUCAUCAGACACCGUCCGGGACGAUCAUCACAACGGCAGCCCACCCCGGUCUGAUCCAGCAGCAACCGGCAGCUGCCACGAUUUACACUGCCCAUCAACCGGCCGCGGCUACCAUCCACUACUCCUUGGCGGCGGCGGCGGCUCAACAGUUGCAACACCAAGCUCACGGCUACCAGGCAGCGGGUCCAUUGCAGUCACACUCCGGUCAAACGCCGGGUGCCACUACCGUGCACUACCAGCAGCAACAUCCGCACGGCGGCACGACUUCCCUCGUUGGCGUGCAGCCCCAGGUUCCGGUUGUCCAUCAGGUGCCGAUCGCUGCCUUCAAUCAGGUGCAUCAUGCAAAUCAGCUGUACGCGACUCAGGCACAGUUGGCGAAGUAUCCAGUCCCGACGGGGUCACCAAUCUACGGAACGGCUCUGACAUCGAACCAAAUCUAUCCUCACCAGCACCAGGCGACUAAUUACGCGGCAUACCAUGUUCCACUGGCCGCAAAACAAAUUGUUUCCACAGUGGCAGCUCCCACCGUCGCAACCCCGUCCCACAUUAAACAACUGAUCCCCGUGACGACGGCCUCAACAACCCACCAUCACGGCAAGGGAAUCAGUUAUGCCACAUUCACGCAGCAGGCGAAUCCUUCCAUAUUAUCACAUUUGCAAACACAUACUCCCUACUACAACACCGCAGCCUCCGCUUCUAAUUAUCAACAACUUCAGCAGCAGCAGCAACAACAGCAACAACAACAGCAGCAGCCACAAAUACAUCACUACCAACAACCACGACUGCAGAUCUACUCUACAGUGGCAACUCCGGUCCAGAAGUCCGGAAUACUCUACGCAGCUCCGUAUGCUCAAGCCUCGAUUCCGGCCGCCAUUUAUGCCACCUCCGCAACGCCUUUGCAUUAUCAACAACAACAACAACAACAACAACAGCAACUGCAACAGCAACAACAACAACAACAGCUACAACAGCAGCAGCAAUCUCAGCAAUCAAUUCAAUAUGGACCGCAGCUGUUCCAAACGCACCAGUCCUUCGCACCGCUAGCCAAAAUCACUUACACUCCGGGGGCGGCCACCCUGCAGAAAGGAUUCUACCCCAUCCAGUAGUGCAUUUGUCUUUGCUCCACCGGAUUCGUAUUCGUCCUCGACCCCACCCCGAAUUGCCCCCGCCGAGGUGAUUGGCCAUCGAUCUGAGUAGAUUUUACCUCCCGCCCUGCCCUGUGUAGUUCCAAAGGGCGACUUGGUUUCAAAUAUUUAUUGGUUAGGAAUUAGUCGUAAGUUUUGUUAUGUUUGCCAAUUAGGAUGUAGCUGUAGAUGACUGAGAAAUAA